CGAAUCCCACGGUGGACGAUUCGUCUUCUUCCCCACCCCACCCCAAAAGAAUCUAUAAAGUGCCCCAUCAAGAUCAGAGCUCUCUCUCCCAUAUCUCUAACCCCCAUUAAAGAUCCGAUUUUUAUCACCCGACCGUGUGAUCCGAAGCAAACCCACAUCCAGUUCAGAAGGAAGAAAAUGGCGACCGCCGGUGGCAUCCGUGAAGUCGGGGGCAACGAGAACAGCCUCGAGAUCGAUGCCCUUGCUCGCUUUGCUGUUGACGAGCACAACAAGAAAGAGAAUUCACUCCUGCAGUUCGACAAGGUCGUGAACGCGAAACAGCAGGUAGUCUCUGGCACUGUGUAUUACCUUACCGUCGAAGCAACCGAUGGUGGGGCCAAGAAGGUGUACGAGGCCAAGAUUUGGGUGAAACCAUGGAUGAACUUCAAGGAGUUGCAGGAGUUCAAGCUCAUCGGUGAUGCUCCUGCAGGAGCCAGCGCUUAGCUCCUCGGUUUGACUAGCAUAAGUACAGGGCCUGUGGGCGGUGCUAUGCACAGCUUUGAUAGGAAUCAACACGACAGGCAUGAAAUAAAAGUGGAAGAUGUCCGUCUGAACAAGUUUAUGUUCCCUUCUAAGUUGAUCGUCUAGCUUUAAGACUGAAACUUUUACCGUGCCAACUGCAGAAACUUGUAUUAGAUCAAUGCUAAAUGAUUUUAUCCUGUUCAUGCA